AUGGUGUUCAGUUUUGUUAGUUGGGGGGAGUGCUGCUACAAGUGGGAGUGCUGCUACAAGGGGGAGUGCUGCUAUAAGGGGGGUGCUUCUGGUAAGAGGGGUGGUGCUGCUUCUAUGAGGGGUGGUGCUGCUAGAAGGGGGAUUGCUGCUGCUACAAGGGGGAGUGCUGCUGGUAAGAGGGGUGGUGCUGCUGGUAAGAGGGGUGGUGCUGCUGGUAAGAGGGGUGGUGCUGCUGGUAAGAGGGGUGGUGCUGCUGGUAAGAGGGGUGGUGCUGCUGGUAAGAGGGGUGGUGCUGCUGGUAAGAGGGGUGGUGCUGCUGCUAUGAGGGGUGGUGCUGUUACAGGGGGUGGUGCUGCUGCUAUGAGGGGUGGUGCUGCUGCUAUGAGGGGUGGUGCUGCUGCUAUGAGGGGUGGUGCUGUUACAGGGGGUGCUGCUGCUGCUAUGAGGGGUGGUGCUGUUACAGGGGGUGGUGCUGCUGCUAUGAGGGGGGGGGGGAUGCUACAACGGGCUGCUGAUAUAAGGAACUCAUGCAGGAUGGGAUGCUGUGGAUGUGGGAGGGAGUUGGGCGAGUGCAGAGCGGAGUGGGCAGCAGAGGUGAGGCAGAGUGAAGUGGGGCAAGGGUGUGGGAGAGGCGAGGGGGAACGGGAGAGCAGAGGUGGCCUGGUACUUAGUGGGAGGGGAAGCAGGGAGAGCAGGAGGGGGAGCGGGGAGAGCAGGAGGGGGAGCGGGGAGAGCAGGAGGGGGAGCGGGGAGAGCAGGAGGGGGAGCGGGGAGAGCAGGAGGGGGAGCGGGGAGAGCAGGGGCGAGGGGGAGUGGAAGGAGAGUGGAGGGGAGUGGAUGCGAUCUGCAACAUGCUGCAACCUGGUGUUUCCUGGUGGCAAUGCAUGUGUGCGUGGGCCGCAUGUGGGGGGUGUGGGCAUGAUUGUGAUAUGGGGCGUCCCUCUGGAUCAAGCCUCCCUCUGGAUCAAGCCUCCCUCUGGAUCAACCUCCCUCUGGAUCAACCUCUGUCAACCUGCCAUUGCAUGA